AAACUUGGAUGGUGUAAGAAGGAAAUCAGGUAAAGAUGGGAUUCUAUAAAUUUUUAUUGUGACUGGGCAAUUAUAUAUAAACUUUCUAAUAAAAAAUAUGCAGUAAAGUUUUCCAUAUUAUUAUUUUACCAGUUACUUCCAGAGAAUACUGUUGAUUGUAAAUGGUUACAUGUACAUUUCGUGUAUGGAACAACACGUCAUUUUAAAGUUCACGCUCAAACUUAAAGUUGGUUAUCAGUAGGCCUACAUGAACAUGUAUUUCAAACCUAAAAAAAAAACUAGUAAGACUAAAUUUUUUUUUCUUUUCAGGUACUGCCAAAUGGUAAGACGGGCAAACCAGGUCAAUAGGUUGACAUACUGUUUAACCCUUUCUUUCCCAACGUAGACAAAUGCAACAAUGUAUAUCAACACGUAGAUUACGCGAAGCUGUUGUCUUUCGGCUACAGUGGGCUUAUAUGGUGUUCUAUAGAUGUAGACUCUGCGACCUACAGUGUCAGUUACCGCCAAACUAUCACAUGACCGUCACGUGACCAGUUGAAGUGUGCCAUGUUGGAAGAUCACAAUGCACGUGUCUGACAUCCCGGAUUGCUACGGUAAAUAUACACAAAUGACUUAUCUCUUCACACAUAUUUUGAAGUGCAUUUUGUAAACAAACAUUACACUAAUAACGUCCACUAAUAAAUCAAAAUAAUUACUAGCUUUUAUACUUUGUUCGAUUUUUUAAAUUUUAGUUGUAUCCAUUUGGCAACAGUGGGAACUGAUUAGCAAAAUUACAGUAAAAAUCAAAACAAUGGUGAUGUAGUAACUGAGUUUCUACAGUGGUCCAUCAAGGGCAUACGUGAUGCUUUCCUUCGUUCAAUUGUUUCGCACAACUUCGAAACUGUGAUAGGGACGUUUUAACAAAGAUUUAAAUGUAGUAGCUGUUGUUAGACUGUUAUUUCGCAUCGGAUAUUUUUGUGCUGGAAAAUGCUUGUUUACCCAAACUAACCAGUGUAUUUUAUUACUUUGCAGAUGGCAAAGUCGUUGAGUGUCGAUAAGGUACUAAAGCUGAUAUUUAUUCCUAGUGGUGAACUUUCAGAUAUUGACCUCAGCUCAGGUGAUGAACUUGAUCAGCCCAAAUCGUCUGAUCCGUCAGAUGACGGCUUGGACUAUGAAGUAGAACAUGAUGCCACCAGUGAUAAUGAGCCCACGGACACUUCUUCGGACGAGGACAGUGGGAAUGCGACUCCAUCAACCUCUAAAUCAGCUGGAACAUCAAAAACUAAACGCUCCGUCUAUAAAUGGAAGAAAGUACUUCCAGAAUUUCGCGACACAGAUUUCACGGGCGGAGAUUUUCAAGACCCACCAAUGGAUUUACCUACUCCGAUGGAAUACUUCAAAAUGUUCAUCAAUCAGGAAUGUAUUCAGUAUAUUGCUGACCAGACAAACCUGUUCGCCAUGCAGAAGGAUGGCAAGGAAAUAAAGGCCAGUACCGAUGAGAUUGAACAAUUCAUAGGUAUUUUGCUCAUGAUAGGUUUUUUCCCUUGUCCAUCAUAUCGAAUGUAUUGGUCCAAUGACUCCAGAUUUUCUUCAGUUGCCGAUGUCAUGUCUCGAAAUCGAUUUGAAUGUCUUCUCCGAUAUGUUCACUUCAACGACAACAGCAAUGUACGAGGUAGAGAAGACCCAAACUAUGAUCCAUUGUUUAAAAACAGACCCCUCCUAGAUAUGCUUCGGGUUGAAAUGGGUAAGUUAGAACCUGAGGAGUGUCAAAGCAUCGAUGAGCAAAUAGUUGCCUUCAAGGGCCGCAGUAGCCUAAAACAGUACAACAAAAACAAGCCGCACAAGUGGGGUUUCCAGGUUUUCACUAGGGCGGGAUCCCCCGGCAUCAUGUAUGAUUUUGAGGUAUACACAGGCAAAAGUAUGAAACUGGAGGGAAAUUUCAAGGUGUACUUCGACAACUGGUUCACAUCCGUUGACCUAGUGAGAACACUUGCGGAACGAAACAUCUGGGCUGUGGCUACAAUACGUCGUGACAGGAUGGGGGGAUGCCAACUUGCAAGUGAUAAGCAGCUAAAGGAUAACGGCCGGGGUAGCUUUGACUAUAGGUCUGACAGGGACAGCGCCAUAACAGUUGUCAAGUGGCACGAUAACAAAGCUGUACAUCUCGUAUCAUCUUUCUGUGGAACUGAGCCUGUCGAUACGUGUCGCCGCUGGUCUGCUUGUGCUAAACAAAAGAUAGACGUGAAUAGGCCACUGAUUGUGAAGGAGUACAAUCAUCACAUGGGCGGCGUUGACCUGGCGGACAUGCUGAUCGAGUUGUACAGAACAAACAUAAGGAGUAGAAAAUGGUUCAUGCGACUUGUCUUCUACUGCUUUGACGUGGCUAUUGUACAGACGCCAUAUGACACAACUACAGGAAGACAGUCGUAAAACACUUCCACUGAGGGAAUUUCGAGCUUCAA